UUGCAGUCUUUGCAGCAAGAAAAUUUUUGUCCUAUUCGUAGUCCUCUAGAGUGGCCUCCGUUAUUACAAAUACCACCUCCUGAACAACGUGCAGUGAGAACCAGUUUCAUUCCAUCCCCAGACUUGCCAAAUGAAUCAUGCAGGAGAGCAGGAACCUGUCCCGCAACUGUAUUUUUGACUGGGAAUAAUCGGUCUCUCGGAGAAGCUCUUGCUGGGAAUAUGUUCUCUAAUUCUUUCCUUCUCAACCUUUCCGAUGAUACUGGUAGUUUAGCCAACUAUGUCCUGGGUACGGCAACAGAGACCCCAGAUUCGUAUUUCCUUGACACUGCUUUUGAUUCAAAACUUCCCAUCUACAGCAUUGAACGGCAAUGCAUCCCAAACUCUACAUAUUCAAUUCAUAUUCAAGAACUUGAUCUGCAAAAAGAGGUUGAAUGUGUUCAAGGUCUAUACUUAUGGCGCAAUACUUCCACUGACGUGAACAAUGAGCUAUAUAGGGGUUAUUACAAAGGCAAUUCAGAGGGAAAGACUAACGGGAUUGUUGCAGCUUAUGAUUUCUUAAACUCAAAUAUAUUUAAUUUUAAUUUGAGUAUAUGGUAUAAUUCAACCUCUACGAAGAAAGCAGUGAGAGAACAUUCUGAAUUGGUGCGAGUCCCCCGUUCUGUGAAUUUGGCAUCCAAUGCGUACCUCCAGUUUUUGCAAGGGCCUGGAGCUAGAAUACUGUUUGAGUUUGUCAAACAAAUGCCCAAAGCAGAAACUAAACUCAGACUGGAUAUUGCAUCCGUGAUUGGUCCACUUUUCUAUAUAUGGGUUAUUCUACAGCUAUUCCCUGUGAUUUUGACAUCCUUGCUAUAUGAGAAACAACAGAAACUGAGAAUCAUGAUGAAAAUGCAUGGGCUUGGUGAUGGUCCAUAUUGGAUGAUUACAUACACCUAUUUCCUUACUAUAUCUCUACUCUACAUGCUAUGUUUCGUGAUAUUUGGCAUAUCCGUAGGUUUGUACUUCUUCAGCCUCAAUGACUAUGGUAUCCAAUUCAUGUUCUAUUUUAUCUACAUAAACCUGCAAAUUGCCCUGGCUUUUCUGGUUGCCUCAAUGUUUUCAAAUGUGAAGACUGCUACAGUUGUGGCUUACAUAUUUGUUUUUGGAACUGGUCUUCUGGGUGUCUUCCUUUUCCAAUCCUUUCUUGAAGAUCCAUUAUUCCCGAGGGGUUGGAUUAUUGGAUUUGAGUUAUAUCCUGGCUUCUCUCUAUUCCGUGGACUAUAUGAGUUUUCGCAAUAUGCCAGCAGGGGGUUCUCUAGUGGGACUUAUGGGAUGCAGUGGAGAGAUCUUAGUGAAAGUGGGAUGAAAGAAGUCCUAGUUAUCAUGAUAGUUGAGUGGCUGGUGAUUCUUAUUUUUGCAUAUUAUGUAGAUAAAAUUGCAUCUUCAGGAAAUAGAAAAAGUCCUUUAUUUUUCUUGCAAAAACUCCGGAAGAAACCUUCUUCCGCUUCUGAAAAGCCUACCCUUCAAAGGCAGGAGUCUAAAGUGUUAGUUCAGAUGGAGAAACCAGAUGUCAAUCAGGAGAGAGAAAAGGUUGAACAGCUGCUAGUUGAAUCAAGCACAAGCCAUGCUAUCAUAUGUGACAACCUCAAGAAAGUGUAUCCAGGGAGGGAUGGAAACCCUGCAAACUUUGCUGUAAAAGGUCUAUCUCUUGCUUUGCUGCAAGGGGAAUGCUUUGGUAUGCUGGGUCCUAAUGGCGCAGGCAAGACAUCUUUUAUUAGUAUGAUGAUUGGACUCACAAAGCCAACAUCUGGGACAGCAGUUGUUCAGGGCUUGGACAUUCGAACAGAUAUGGAUGGAAUAUAUACCAGCAUGGGUGUCUGCCCACAGCAUGACCUUCUUUGGGAAACCCUGACGGGAAGGGAGCAUUUACUAUUUUAUGGCAGACUUAAGAAUCUCAAAGGUUCUGCAUUGAAGCAAGCAGUGGAAGACUCUCUCCAGAGUGUCAAUCUGCAUCAUGGAGGCGUUGCUGACAAACAAGCUGGGAAAUAUAGUGGAGGUAUGAAGAGGAGGCUUAGUGUGGCCAUUUCUCUGAUUGGGAAUCCUAGAGUUGUUUAUAUGGAUGAACCCAGUACUGGACUGGAUCCAGCCUCUCGGAAUAAAUUAUGGGACGUUGUUAAGCGUGCAAAGCAAGACCGUGCAAUUAUUCUGACUACUCAUUCCAUGGAAGAGGCAGAGGUCCUGUGUGAUCGAUUAGGAAUUUUUGUUGAUGGAAGCUUGCAGUGCAUAGGAAAUGCAAAAGAGUUGAAGGCUAGAUAUGGAGGAACUUACGUGCUUACGAUGACAACUUCUGAGAAUCACGAUGAAGAAGUGGAGCAAUUGGUGCAGCACCUUUCUCCGAAUGCUAAAAAGAUAUACCAUAUAUCGGGAACCCAGAAGUUCGAGCUGCCAAAACACGAGGUCCAAAUCGCGGAUGUAUUCCAAGCAGUUGAGAAUGCAAAGGGCAGGUUCACAGUUUUUGCUUGGGGUUUGGCUGACACCACUCUUGAGGAUGUCUUCAUCAAGGUUGCUGGUGAAGCUCAGGCCUCCAACUGACUUAUAAUGACACCAUAGUUUGUAAGAUCCAAUCUAUUCAAUAUUUAAGGAGUCUGUUUGGUUGAAAUUUGUUAUUAUCACUAUUUCUAUAUCGUAACGUAGUUAUAAUUUUUAUAAUUAUUGUUGGAUCGAACCAAUUUAACU